AAAUCGAUAAACGUAUCAGCGUCGCAUCAUUAAGCGAUGUAUCAGCAUAGAAAGUGUAAAUCUCUCGAUGCUACGACUAAUGACUCGUUCAAGGAAAGUGGAAAUCCCAGUUUCCUUUUUCGAGGCCACCGAGUUCGGUUGAAUGAGUGAAAGGCAGAGCGAAGUACGUGGAAUGAAUGUUCCAAGCUUCUGUUGCUCGGAUAUUCGUCAAAGUCGUUGGAACAUUCAUUAAUUCUAGCGAUUCAAUUAAACUUAUGCGUUUCAGUACUGACGCUAAAAGAACAUGACAAAGGACGAGAGUCUUCUGUCCGGUGUGAGCGCUCUGUUUACCGAGAAAACGCUCGAAGAGAGCCUUCGAAAUGCAACAGGGGAAAAUGAGGUGCAAGUAUUGGGAUGGGAUUUUGGAGACGCGAGCAAGAAGGGUGACGGCUAUUUGUCCGUCAUCAACAGAAUCAAGGUGAACGGCACAGCUGGCGGCAAACCGAUCCAAAUAUCACUUGUCGUCAAAUCAAUGCCGAACAAUUUGGCAAGACGAAAAACUUUCAGGAGCAACGAAUUCUUCUAUAACGAAGUUACGUGCUAUACAGAGAUAUUCCCGAAGUUUCAAGAGUUUGUCAAGUCUAAAAACGCAGGAGAUUUGCUGAUGGUACCUCGAUGUUUUGCGGCGUUAACGGAUGGCGAGAACGAUUAUCUCGUGCUGGAAGAUGUCAUUUCGAUCGGCUUUCAACCUCUGGCUAGACAAAAUUCGUUGCAAGUGCAGGAAUGUAGAUUGAUAUUGAAAGCACUGGCUAGGUUACACGCCGUAUCAUUCGCCUACAAGGAUCAAAAGAAAGAGGAGUUUCAAAGAAUAGCAAAUCGUUUAAUUGAGACUUAUUUUACUCCAAAACUGUACGAUUGGUACAAAGGUUUUCAGACCCUUAUAAUAAACAUGGCUAAAGAUGCGCUAGCUAAGGAGUAUCCAGGCAGCGAAGCUGAGAAGCGCUUCAACUCCUGGACAGGCCGAGAGUUGUACGACAAGAGCAUAGAUUUCUGCAACCGUGUGACGGCGCCAACUUCGGUGAUUACUCAGGGUGAUGCGUGGGCGCCUAACUUCAUGAUUCGAAAAACUGAUAGAGAAUACCCGGAUGCUCUUGCCCUAGAUUUUCAGUUGGCUCGAUGCGCUAGCCCAGCUCUAGACGUGUCUUUCUUCAUCUAUACCUGCACCGAGAAACCGCUUCGCGACGGCCAUUACGACGAAUUUUUGAAACUCUACCACCAGGAACUCGGCAGAAGUAUAAGCAUGUUGAAAUCAGAUCCUGAGAAGCUUUAUCCGUGGGACACAUUUAUGAACGAGGUCCAAGAACAGAGUAUCCAUGGGAUAAAUUUUGCUCUGGAAACUGCACCGGGAGUAUCACUGGACGAAUCAGAAGCAUUUGACAUGGAUUCUAUAGAAGGAGAUGAGCCAGUCGACGUUAGCGUAAUCUGGAAUUUAAAGAACCUAAAAACCAAGAAAAGCAGAUGCCGUCUUGCCGAGACCAUCAUGCACGCAGUGGAAAAGAAUUAUAUAUGAAAUUUAGGUCUUAGCUUUAGGUAUAAACAAACUAUAUGAUAAUUAGUUUAGGAAAAUUAUUAGGAAAAGCAAUUCUAAAUGAGGAUCAAUUUCCGUCUCGCCACUGUAAUGUACUUAAUCGGUAUUUCGAACAAAGAGAUUUCUAACUAUAUUUUAUUAUAUUGGAAGGAAACUUAUCUUCGUUGUAUCUUAUGAUAAAGUAUUAUCUGUUUUUAUACGA